ACACAUUGUAUCAAUACUACAGUAGUUGCUCCUGCUAUAUUCAGAUAUUCUAUGGUUGCUGCCUUUCCAUUACGAACCACAACGAAGUUAAACAGUUUUAAAUUUUUGUUCAGACCAAACAAUUUUGUCACCCGUCAGUAGGUAGUAAUAGUACCUAUAUGAAAGUAGUGGUUCGACUGGAUCUACUACUAUCGCGUUCGCGGAUAACGUGCGAUAUGAUAUUUUCGGUAUGUCUCGCAAUAGCUGGUAUAAUAUUACCGGCGUUUUUAUUAUUAUUAUCAGUGUUGUCUGUGUUUGUUGCGAAUGACGUCUACUCUCGUCGGAUUUUAACGAUCGGAGGUCGUCGUAGAAAGGAAGAGGAACACCGUUUGUUUUCGUAAUAAACGGAGGUAGGUACGUGUUGUGACGGGCGGACUCACACGGGAAGGCGGCCACGUCCUCAAAUGAAAAUUGAAACCUUUCGCGCCGACGCCGUUCAUCGUCGAAUUUAAGACAGAAAUACUAUACGCUUCUGCCCGUGGAACUUUUCCACGACGCGACGUUUUACGUUGCGAAAACUCGCAUUUGGCAUACGCCCGUUCUAUGGUCAUUACAAUCGUGGCCCGUAGCGACUUGCAAAUCGCACUUUUGUUAAAAACUAAAGUCGCAGCAAGUUAUAACCUACCCGACAUCCAUCAUAGUAUUUGUGACAAUUUUUUUCACGACAUGGUCGGUCUCGUAUGUGUAUAGUGAUUAAAACAUAGUAAUAAUAAUAAUGAAAAAAAAACGACGAAAUAUAUUUCAUACAAUAACAUUGGUAACGUUUAUUCAUUUAUUGCACAAUGUGUGUAAAACAGUAGAACAUCGGUUAUAUUUGUCAGUGUUAUCGGUAAAUAUCGCAGGAGAAAAAAAUAUUAGUAAAUAUCGCUAACACAACAAAACCGGAAACCGAGUGGCAACGUGACGAUGCGAAUCACGAUCUUGUAAACGCGAAGCAAUGAUUAACUACAACAGCUGCAGGCAGCUGACGGAUCUUUGAGCCGCCGUCGCCGCGCAUUUUCGUUAUCGCGUCACGGACAGCACUGUAGAAUAAGAAGCGGGAAACGAUGCGGUGACAAAGGGCCCAACGCGAUCGGACGGCACUACAAUGGUGAACCUCUUAACUUGUCCGUCGCUGAAACGAAUAUUAUUAUUUAUUGCUCAAAAAUCGGCAAACACAUCACGACGCGUCGAACGAAUUCGGAAGACUGCUGCUGACUAAUGACAAAAAGGAUCGUGCUGAGCGCUAACGCAAAUCUCCCCACCACCCUUCUGAAGCAAAAACGGCACUGUAGCUGCUGCAGCGCUAGGACGGCGCGGUGCGCGGCGACCAGCACUACACCGCACCCCGCGCACGAUCAUCGGGUCAACCGUAGACAGUUCGUAGUUUCGUCCGGCGUACGUUCGCAGCACCAAGUUACGAGCCCACAGUGAACAGUUCACAGUCCUUCUUCUGUUGUUCAGGUGUUCGGCCGUUCGUUUGUUUUGUGCCCGACCGUCGUUCCGUCGCCGCCUUGCAACGCUCGGUGCAUGUACUCGGCAGCGCACGCAACUGCAGAGCCUCUCACCGUUCGGCGUGCGCGCAUGUUUUGAUCGGAUAAACCACUCGAUUUUGUCUCGUCCCGGCGAUCCAAACUCACCCGCUUGAACUUGGUUAGACCACGCAGGUUGCCGUCGAUUACCAUGUGAAUUUCAUACGACCGUUAGCGCGUUUUCUUUCGGCUCCGACGAAUUACCACGUGCCAAUAUUAUGGUACGCGUACCAUCGUCGCGGUCGUACCGCCCGAACCAGAUUUUUCAACGGUUCACUUGACGCCGCCGCAACUGCGUCCAUCUCCCCCACCACAACUUUACAGAAUAUCCGCCAUCUUUGUUUUUUGUUUCGUCACUUCAUUUGCUACUGGGCCGUGGUUGGGCGAGUACGUCUCCUGCAUUUCGGUGAAAUAUCGACCACGUGUUUUUCGAAGCCAUGGGAGACGCCGACGACCCACCCCGUGAUGCGAAUCAACCCUCUCGAAACGACGCGCUUGUGGCUCCCGAAGAAGACGAACAUUACUACGGCAAACUGCUGACGCACCUCCAGACGUUUUUACCGUUUCUCACUGAAGUCAUUAACAACAGCGAACUUUUAGACAUUUUACCCGACCGUGUGUCCAAGUUGCGGUAUUUGUACGAACUGGUGGACGCCAAAAGAUUAUUAAUGAGUUUGGAUUUAUCUUGUGAUUUAUGGUUGUCACCAGAUCGACUAAAAACUUGUAAAAAAGUAUUUUAUGAUUUAUACGAUAACUACAGUAAUCCGUUAAACUACUAUUUACCUCCAGAUUUUAAAACUAGUUGGAUGCAAGAAACAAAGUUAAAUGACGAAGAAAAUAAUGUAUCUUUAGAAGUAAGAUGUACAUCUAACAAAAGUAAUCAAAACCAAAAUAGUGAGUCUGAACUUUCCAAUAUAAUACCAGAACCAAGUACUAGUUAUGAAAACAUAGUAAACAAUCAAAUGGAUUUGCCACCAAAUAAUGAGAAUAUUAUUAAUAAAAAUGUUGAAAUUGGCGAGUCAUCUUGUAGCAAAAAUUCAAUCAAUGACUCAUUGCUUGCAAAGAAUGAUCUACCAGAGUUCUCGGACAGUCGUAUAAGGCUUAAUAAGAUAAUUGGUUUUGCAACCAAUGCUUCUAUUGAAAAACUUAAUAAGUCUGAUGCAUCUAUACCGCAUACUGAACUUAGUACACAAAUUUUUGACGAAAUGAUCAAACAAAAAAAUGGCCCAGUUAUUUAUAAAGAUAUGUUAAAAGGUAUCAACAUGGAUGAUAUUGAUGUUAACUAUGUAAAAAAUGUAAUAGAUGGUAUAAAAAGAGCUAGUUGUGUGGAACCUGUUCAGCCACCACCAUUACCCCCAUCAGAUCUUAUGGAUUUGGGAGCAUCAAGAAUAAAUUUAAUGUCAACCACUGAACCAAAUUCUAGUGAUGUAACUCGUGAUAAUGUUUUAUUAAGUAAAUCUUCAACUAAUAGCCGUGUACAAUUGAACACUGAAACAAAUAAAUUGUCUAAGACUGGUUCAUCAAAUGAAACUAAACCAAAGUUUAUAUCUGCAUUAAAACCAGGUACAUUAAUUGAUCUUGAAAAUUCAAAAGUAGUUCGUGCUUCAUUGCAUAUAGAGUCUCUUAGACCAGUUAUCAAAUCAAAUGAGAAAAGUACUGAGGUUAAAACAUCUCUCGUUGACAUCGUCCCUCGUGAUCCAAGAAUAAGGCAUAAAACUUUAUUAACUUCUGGAAAGAAUGUUAAUCCAUUUAAUACACCUGCUUCAUUAAUAUCAAUUGCGCCAUAUACUCCUUUUGCUCCAAAUAGAGACAAUUCAAAUGCCAAGUUGUUUGAUACUAGAGCACAGGAAAUAUAUAAUGGCCAAAGUUCAUCGAGUCAUACAAAUCUUCAGCCGUUAAAUCCACAAUUUUCUUCAGAACAUAAUGGAAACUCUAUUCAAUUGAAAAACAGGUCAUUGUCUCUUAACCAAAACAAACAUAAUCGUAGUGAUGAUAAAAAAAAUGAUUAUAGUCAAUUCAGUAAUCCUACCCAAAUGCAUGUUAAUCCAUCCCAUAUUGAGCCAUUAACCAAAUAUUGUGAUCCAGUGCCAUACAAAUUUCAUUGUAAUGAUGCAUCCAAGAGAGAUCCAAGAACAUUGAAAAGUGUUAAAACAACUGUUCAUCCUAAUUACAAAGAACAUAGAGAAGCCAAGCUCAGAGAACAAAUGAAAGGUUAUCUAAAGAAUAAAAACCAAAUGAACCAGGACCAUAAUCAAUAUCGUAGCUUAGUCAAUGAGAAAAUAGAAAAAAGUAACAUCAUUGAUUCUUCUUAUAAUACUUUUGGACCUGUAAAUGAAACAGCUAAUAUAAAAAAAUUUAAGAUACCCAAAAUUAAACAUAAUGAAGAACUUAGUGAUAACAGUAAAGAAAGGUACUCUAAACUUAAAACAUUUGGAGACAAUAAAAAUGAUACAGAUGUCUUAACAACUGAGAAAAAAUCCAAAAUACACUUGAAAUCUGAUACAAUUAGAGAACAAUAUUUAGUAAAUGAUCAGAAAUCUGAAACAAAUAAAAGUAAAAAUUCAAAAAAAGACCUCAAAAUAAUUGAUAAAAUUAUUGAUAGUGGUACGGAUAAAACCUCAGAAAUUGAAAUAACUAAAAAUAGUAAUACAGAUGGAGAUCUAAUAAUUAAAACAAUGAUGGACAAUAAAUCAGAAAAAGUUAGUUGUCCAGAAAUGAAUCUUAAAGAAAUUACUGUUGACAUUCCAAGUAAGGUAAAUAAGGAAGAACUUGAUUCUAAAUCUGAACAAAGUAGCAUUUUAAUUAAUCCCCCACUCAAGACUAAGCCUAAGAAACAUAAAAAGUAUUCCAAGGAAAAAGAAUUUGAAAAAAUUAUAAAAGAAGCUGCCGAGAGUUUAAAUGAUGACGGAUGGGGUCCAAGAACAAGAACAAGGAGUUCUGUGAUGAAAAAAGAAGGAAUCGUAAAAACUAUAAAAGUUAACAACUUAAAGUCAAAAUUUGAAAAAGACAAUACAACAAAAAAUUAUAAGAAAUUAGAAUCAGGUGAAUGUAGUAAGGAACUUGAUAAUGGAUCAAUUCCGAACUUGGAAGAUGUUAGUGGACGGACUGAAAUCAAACAUAACAUUAUAUCAUCUACAUCAAAGGAACAAUCAGGAGUUGUCAAUUCUACAACAACCGAAAUUGUGUGUAAAAGUCAAGAAAAAAAUAUUGUUUCUUCUAAUGAAAUUAAUUCUACAGCUGAUAGUAUCCCUAAAAUUGACGAUAAAGCUUUAAUUGACAUUUUAAAAAAUCCAAAGUUUAUGACUGUGAUGAGUAUAUUUCAAGAUGAAGAUAAAAUGGAAAAACUUAACAAAUUAUUAGAAAGUUCAGAUGUCAAUACCAAUGAUGAUAAAUUUAAAAAAAAAAGUAUAUUAAGUAAGGAACAAAUUGAAAUUGAUGAAAAAAAAAAGAUUAGAAGAAAAAUGAAAAAAGAAAAACGGAAACUGAGAAAAAUGAAUAAAAGUAUUAGUGCAGAAUCUUCUAUUGAAGAAAGUAAAAAUGAAUUUUUUAAUGACAUAUCAGGUAAUAAUUUUAAUCAAGCAGAAAACAUAGUAAAAACUAAAAGGAAAAAUAGCUUUUUAAAUGAAUUCUAUGAUGGUAAUACUAGUUCUGAAAAUAUUAACAGCCAUUCUUCAACUGAUCAACAUAAACUUAAGCCUAUCAAACGUAAAAAAUCUAAAGAAAGCUAUGGUAGUUUUGAAAUACUUAAAGAUAAAUGCAAACCGGAAUUAAAAGACUUAAAAAUUGUUAUUGCUAAAUUUGAUAAAAAUAUUAAAAGAAGUGAUAACUGUAGUUCAGAUAUUUCAAGUACAAGCAAUGAUAUACAAAUCAAUAAUAAACCAAAAAAUAUUGAAAUAGCUCAAGAAAUAAUAUCUAAGAAACCUUUUUUAGGUCCAUUAAGUGUUAAAUUAGCAAGACAAAAAAUGGAAAUAGAAAAGAAUAAUUCCCAAGACGAAUGUGACAUUAAAAAUUCGUUUGAAUUUAAAACUAAAAAACUUAGAAAGGGAUCAAAAUCCAUUGAUAAAUUUAAUAAAAAAGAAAAAUUAAAUUCUGAAACCUUAAAUAGUUUAAUGAUAGAACAACCCAUUGUUUUAAUAAGGCCUAUUCAAAACCCUAAGCCAUUUGAUGAUGAAACCAACUCCAAUAAAUCAGUUGAACAGAAUUCUAAUACAUCAACUUUUACUGUCAACAAACCAGAAAUAAAAAAGGCUAGACCGUCAGAAUUAGAUAAACUUCAUGCUGAUAUUAGUGAAAUGUUUGAUUGUGAAGCUGUAUUAAAUGCUUCAAAUAUACGACAAUGUAGAACCAAUAAACAAAUUGACUAUGUAAAUACAAAUGUAUUUAUGUCAAAGAAAAAGAAAAUGUCAAAUAUUGAACCAUUGGAUUCAAAUGAUGAUCAAAACGAGUUGGACUGUAAUGUAAGAAAAACAAAUAACACAAAAAAGAAAGUUAAAAAAUCAACAGUUAAAUUAAAUACAAAGAAAAAAAUUGUUAAAAAGUCAAUGGCAAACAAAACUUUACCACCAGUAGUUGUGAAAACUGCAGUUUUAAAUAAAAAAUCCAAUAAGCAACAGAAUAAAUUAAAAAAAUCAAAAAAGAGAAACAAGAAAUUUAUGAAGUCUAAUCGUAAGCAAUUCAAGGUUGUAUCGUCUGAUGAUUUUGAAUUGAAUAAUGUGUUGAAAAAUAAUAUAUCUACUGAAAUAACAUCUAAAAUUGUCUCAGAAAACAAAUUUAAGGACAAACUUUAUUUUCAAACUGCUGAUAACUUUUUGGAAUGUAAAUUUUGUAAUUACAAGGAUAAAGGAUUGAAUAUUGUUCGCCAUUAUAAAGAUCAACAUGGCGAGGAAGAAGUUUUACCAUCCAGAUUACCUAAGAAUUGUACUGAAUCAUUAAUACAUCAAUCUUUAAAAGAAAAUUUUGUAUAUCCAAAUCCCCAAGAUUUAGAACCAAUUUGUCAUCGGUCUGUGAAUGUUAACUAUACCUGUGUUUUUUGUCAAGUUAUUUUCCAUGAUUAUUUUAAGUUCUAUGAUCAUAUUACUGGUCACACUGGAGAAUACAGGUACAAAUGUAAAAUGUGUGAACAAAUUUAUUCAAAUGAAGAUGAUUUGAAUAAUCAUAUUUUAGAACACACAGACUAUGAUAAAACUGGUGGAAUUUCACAUUUAAUAUUUCCUAAUCCAAUCCGUGGUAAAUACAUUUUUGGAUAUUUAUGUUCCUUUUGUUAUUAUGUUCAACUUCAUUAUAAUAACAUAGUCAAACAUAUGGCAUCACAACAUUUUGAUGAAGAUAAAAAAUUGAAUGGCCAUUGGACAGCUAUACGUAUUAGUAUGUCUGUGUCAGAUAAAAUGUACACAGGUUCUUCAAUUGAUUUUGACAAUUUGGUUGGAUGUUUACCUCCUAUUGAGUCUGAUCAAGUUAUUUCUAAAAGUAAAGAUAAUGAAGACCAAAAUCAACAGUCAACUGUGAUGGAUUUAAACGCACUAUCAAACGAGCAAAAUCAACCAAAUUCCUUUUUAUCUAUCAAAAAAGAAUUCAAUGAACAAAAUAUUGACGAAAUUCCAAAAGAGUCAAGUAUUGAUGAAAAUCUGCCAAAAUCAGUUACUCAUGCAAAUCCUCCAGUAACUGCUUAUGACAAAGUUUUAGAGCCAACUAAAUUUCAAUUUUUACCGGAACAAGCUUAUCAAUCUCCUAAAAAAGAAUCAAGAAUCACCACAGAAACACUUGCGACUGAAUAUUUUGAAUACACAUUAAAAGACAAAUCUAAAAAAUGUGUCAUAGCUGGCUUAAGUUGUGAAUUGAUAAAUUCAAUGUUAUUGUUUAAAUGCUCAGUUUCAAAUUGCCGAGAAAAUCAAUUUUCUACUGUAAUUUUUAUUGAUUAUUCCAAGCAUGUAAAUAAGAAUCAUCAAUUUGUAGUAUGGGAUGGACAUUGCGAAGCAUGUCAUCACAAACUACCGAUAGUUUCUGAACAACAUUAUGUAAGAGAUGCGUUAGAACAUUUAGUUUCUCAUCAUUUGACUCUAAAGAAUAAUGAACAACAUCCCAAUACUACAGCAAAUCUUGGAGGUUCAAAUAUUGAAUGUUUAUCUUCUUGUCAGGAUACAGUAAAAAAUACACCAUGUGUAGAAAACUUUUUGAAAGUUCGUUGUUUGCCUGGUGAUAAAUUAUCCAUUCAUAAACCCAGCAGUUCAAGUAUUACCAAUAUUUGUGAGAUGUCUUUUGAUGAAUCAUGUGAUGAGACAAAUUCCAAUGGCGAAAAUGAUUUCAUAGAGAACAAUAUGUUUGGAAACCCUGAACAAUCUAGCCAUAAUAUAUUACUCGGUACCCAAUGUCUAACAUCAGUGAAUCUAAAUAUUAAUCAUGGUUCUAAUGACGAAAGGUUUCCAUCACAGACUACUGGUGUUAAGAGUUUAAAAAAGGGAAAAGUAAACACUUUAAAAAUAAACUCAAGUGCAUCUGAUGACAGUGAUCUUAAUAUGUGGAUGAAUGUAAAAACAAAUCGUGAAGUUAUUCUUCCAAAUUCCGAAAUAUUUCUUGAAGAAGGUCAACAAAUUGUUAAUAAUGGUGCGCCUGUAGAUGGCACAAUAUGUUGUUUAAUAGACACAGCAUAUACGAAAGAUUAUAUUAGAAAAGUACGAGAAUUGCCGAUGAAUGUAAUGAAAACACGAUUAGCUUUUAAUGAAAUGUCUGCUCUGCCAAGACUAUUGGGUCUUUUUAAAUGUAUGGACAGAACCUGCACAAAAAUUUUCAGCUCUAAAGAUUUAUUUAAAUUGCAUAUGAAAUUACAUUUUUCAAAUGCAGAAAAAAAAAAAAAAAAUCAAAUUUACAAUGUUGAACAGUUUAAAAUGUGUGCCUAUUGCUUUAAAUUGUUUGAUGAUGAAGAAUCUUUGGCUAACCAUAUUUCUGAAAAAUACACAUUUUGUGAAUACUUUUGCCCUCAUUGUUUUUAUCGUGCUUAUACUGCCUCUCAUGUUUUGAUCCAUCAGUCUGUAAUUCAUACCAACAUAUCCAAACAUUGUAUAAUAAAACUUGAAUAUGAUGACGGUGUUUGCAAAUAUCCAAAAGAAAUGUUACUUGUGGUAGACUUCAAGGAAUUUGUAUUACCUUACAAAUGCAACGUUGGUUGCUGUGGUUUCUCUUGUUAUUUGCAAAACGAAUUUGUAGAGCAUUUGAAUCAAGAACAUCAACAGUGUGAUAAAUUCUGUUGUUACAUUUGUGCUAAUAAAGAUGACGGUGAAGGAUUUUUUGCACUCCAACCAAAUUUAAUGAUUACACAUUUUAAGCUUCAUAACUUAAAUAAAUAUCAAUGUAUUUUUUGCUUAUUUGGUACUGAAAUUAGUGAUUCAAUGAUAAAGCACUUAGCAUUAGAACAUUUUGAAUAUGAGCCUUUAUGCUUGGAGCGUUCUACGGUAUCUGAUAAUUGUGAAUCUAAAAAUAUUAGAAAUCUGAAAAUUUUAAAAUUGACAAAGGUUAUUGAUAAUGGAAUGGUAGAGACAGUAAAUUUACCCAUGGAAGCAAUCUCUGCUCCUGAAGUUUUGCCACAGCGAUCUAAAAAAAGAUCUAUUGAAUGUCCUGAUGUCCUAUCAGCAGCUAUGAAAUCUGCUCGAAUUGAUGAAGGAUCUCAAGCAGCAGAUACAAUUGUUAUUACAGUUCCCGAUAGUGCACAAAUGGCAGAAAGUAGUACAUCAAUGUCGUCAGUUAUUGAUAAUGAAUUUAUAAUGAUUGAUGAUGUGAACCAAAAUGAUAUGCAAGAAACAUUAAAAAUAAAUCGCAUUUGGUCUGAAUCUAAUAACAAAGAAAAAGAGCCUAAAGUGUCAUCAAAUGAUGAUAUUAUUAUUAUUGAUGAUGAAGACGAUGAUGAUUUGUUAGAGAAAGAACUUAAUGAGGGUCCUUCCAAACGAAUAUGUUUAGAGGUCGAAGAAUCAAUCAAUGGAUCAAAUAAGGCCAAAAGAUUGGCAUAUCCAAUUAUUGAAUUGGAUAAAUUGUUUGUUUGUAAAGAAUGUGAAAAAGUUUUCUCAAAUGGACAAAUGUAUUCUGAACACCUAAACGUCUGUCCUUUUUGGGAUUAUUCGGCUGGAAAGAAAUGUGUGCAUUGUGCUAAAGUAUUCAAAACUAUAUUAAACAUGACUGAACAUGUUAAACUUCAUGGACCUGAUCGUUUCAAAUGUUCUUUAUGCAAUUUAAAAGUACCAUCUCAACGAGCCAUAACACAUCAUAUGAGAAAUAGUCAUAAAAUCAUAAAUUUAGAUUUUGUACCUGAAACUUCUAAUUUAACCAAUUUGAAUAAAGAUGAUUUUAUUGUAUUUGAAGAUAAGACAAUUGAGCAGAAGAAACAAAAGACGAAUAGCUUAUUAACUUGUACCCAGUGUUCAUUUAAGGGCAUCACUCGUAAAAUUAUUGUUUCUCAUAUGAAGGCUGUUCAUAAUGCUGAGCAAAAUGUAGAUUGUGAAGAUAAUUUAUAUAAGAUAACGCCAGAACAACCAAAUGAUGCAAAUAACUCAGUAAAUUCUUUAAUGCCUCAACAGAAUGAACAACAAAAUGCAAGCUUGAAAAGAAAACGUUCCACUAAUUUUGGCAACCAGAAAGGAUCACCAAAAGCAAAAACCAUUAUUAAAAACCAAUCAAAAACUUUUUCUCCUGAUACUAUUGACAGUAUUCCAAAGUCUCAUAUAUUCUCAGAUCCGAUUAGCUGUUCAUUAUGUACAUACAGUACAAAAGUGCGGUCCAAUCUUGUUAUACAUUUGAAUGGACAUACAAAAGGACAAGAUAAUACUACUAAGGAAAUUGUUAAUCCUGUACCUUCUAUUGGCAAGUGUGAUCUUAUGUUUGAUAAGAUGAUCAAUCUCUCUGCUAGUGCAUUUGAUGCUAUGAAUACUGAAAAGAUUAAAAGAGAUGAACUUGAUAAGAAAAUUGUUGAAGUAGCUCCAGAUGAGACUUUAAAUACAGAGAUAUUUCCACAGUUCAUUCCAAAAAAUAUGAGAUAUAAAUGUUCAGUAACUCGUUGUACCUAUACAGGUGUGACAGAGGAUAUGCUAAAGAAACAUAUAUCAAUUCUUCAUCCUACCCAUGAGUGUUACAUAUGUCCACAUUGUCUACCCCCAUGCAUUAUAUCUAAAUUUGUCGAACGAAAUCAAAUAGAGUUUCAUUUAAUGCACCACGGUGCAAAUUUAUAUCGUUGUCAAUACUGUGAGUAUAUUGACUUCAAUCGAGUUGAAAUGAGAACACACAUGAGAAAUACCCAUCUAUCAGAAAUAACUAGUUCAGUACAGUCCAAUAUAAUUGUAAUCAGACAAACAAUGUUAGAAGAUGAUAGUAUUGACAGAGGUAGAAGCAAAGCUCCAUCUAAUGUGCCUCAAUGGGUAUGCAAUAUAUGCUCUAAUAGUUUAAGAUACACAGAAAAUGAGAUAAAAUCACAUAUUGUUAUGGCACAUAAAGUAUCAAAUAUGUUUAAAUGUCCUAUGUGUCAAUUUGAACACGAGGAUGAUAAUGCUAAUGUAUUUGAAGAACAUUAUAAGUCACAACAUCCGUCGGUUGCAGUAAAGUGCUUAAGAGUGUUUGAAAAGAUUUCUGACAAAGAAGAGUUGCACAAACAAUCCAAACAUUUAGGUGGUACGGAGAACAUACUAGAACAGCAAGCUUUAGAAAGUAUUGAACCUACACUUGUACCUCCUACUUGUCGAGGAAUUCCUAUUGAAUCAACACCUUUGAAAACUUCCAAUAAAUCUCGUGGUAUGGCAAAAAGUCCAAAAUCAGCUACUAAAAGCUCUCCAAUUCAACCUCAUAAACAGAAAACGUUAAUAGACGUUUUCAAUAAGAAUGAUAAGUUAGGAGCUAUAUCUUCAAAUGGUUACUUUGUUUGUCCUAAGUGCUGUGUAUUUGAAACUAUGAAUAUAGAACUUUUCCGUGAUCACUUAUACAAAGAGGUCAAUUAUAAAACAUGGAAAUGCUUGAUAUGUUUUGAAAUAUCUGAUUCUCCUAAGAAAAUGGCAUGGCAUGUUAAAAAACAUGGAAUUGGAAGCAAAUAUGAAAAAAUUGAAGAUGGCGAGAAAUUAAAAUGGGUUGAUCGAGUUAUUGGACAUCAACAUAUGUUAUUGACUGAGUUCAAUAAAAACAGUAAAGCAAAACAUGUAAAAAGUGUUGAGUCAAGUAAAGCUAUUAUUGUUAAUAGUAAAAGAACGUCUUAUUCUCCAACUAAAAAAAAAAAUAAUGAACGUGAGAAAAAAGCACUUGUCUCUCAACCUACCCCUGAUCCUGUUUCAAAUGAUGAUAUCAUUGAUCUGGUAGAUGACUCCGAUGACGAAUAAUUUGGCAAUAAAUAAUUGUUAUGUAUCUAAGACUGACAAAUUGGCUGUUUAUUAUUUGAAUAAAAACAUUAAUAUCAUUCCGAUAUGGUAGGAGAUUAUGUUAGAAAUGAUAUCAUUUAAAUAUUGUUGUUAUAUGUUUAUAUUUAAUGUGCGUUUAUAUCUCAACAUUAUAAUAAUGUAUACAUAUAUUUAUGGAAGACUGUUACAUUUAUAAUUUUUGAUUACCUUACCCAUGUAUUUAUUGUACGAAAAGAUUUAUUAAUUUAUUUUGUAGUAUCAAAUAAAAAUAAUUAUUAUGAUUAGUGACUAAUUUUAUAUUUCUUAUUUUUAAAUGUUUUCAUUACAUUUUGUAUAAUAUAUCCUUAUAUUAUGUGUAUGUAGAGUAUUGAGUAAACGCAAAUAACUUGUAACCUUUUUUUUAAUUUUAUUAGCUUUUAGUACCCAUACCAUUACUAUGUUAAAACUCGAAAGUUAGGUUUACUAUUAUUUUAAUAUUUUUUUCUAUAGAAUAAAAAGUAUGUAUUUUCUAUUAUUUUUAA